AUGGUUCUCUCCUUCAUCCUGAUCCAGAACAGGCAGGGAAAGACGCGCUUGGCCAAAUGGUAUGCGCCGUACAGUGACGAAGAGAAAGUAAAGCUAAAAGGCGAGGUAAACACCACCUUUCCCUCGUACCAAUCCACCAACCCUCCCAACCACACCAUCCACGAAGCCUACCACCUCAAGACAUCUCCUCUGACACUCCACACCACCUCAGNNAUCCACCGCCUCGUUGCUCCCCGCGACCAAAAACACCAAUCCAACUUUGUCGAGUUCCGCGGCUCGUCCAAAAUCGUCUACCGUCGCUAUGCCGGCCUCUUCUUUUGCGCCUGCGUAGAUGCAAACGACAACGAACUAGCAUACCUAGAAGCCAUACAUUUCUUUGUCGAAGUGUUGGAUCAGUUCUUUGGGAAUGUGUGCGAGCUGGAUCUCGUCUUCAACUUCUACAAGGUAAGAGGAAGCAGCAAGAGGGACAAGGAAUACGCGAGUGGUGUUUGCUGA